UUGUCAUUUUAGUGUCAUUCAACGCCUGACGUGACUUAAGAGUGUUGGAACAGCUGCUUUACUGUGUUCAAUACAUUGUUUUAGUAAAAUUUCACAAAAUGUUAGACUUAUUUAGCAUUUUUAGUAAAGGAGGUAUUGUGUUGUGGUGUUUCCAAAGCACGAGUGAAAUUUUUUCACCGUCAGUGAAUGCUUUGAUACGAAAUGUAAUAUUACAAGAGCGUUCGGGGAACAAUUCGUAUAACCAUGACGCCCUAACAUUGCAAUACAAGCUUGAUAACGAAUUCGAGCUUGUGUUCGUGGUGGCGUACCAGAAAAUCCUUCAACUAUCAUACGUGGAUAAGUUCCUCAAUGAUAUUCACUUGGAGUUCAGGGAUAAGUACAAGAAUGAUUUGCAAAGCGGGAGAUUUAUCACGGAUUUUGAUUUCAAAACAUCCUUUGAUAACAUACUUAAGCAAUGUGAAACAUGGGCAAAGUCACAAGCAAAACUACCAAAACAGAUGAGAACAUUUGAAGACUCGCAGAAGUCUAAAAAAACUGUUGCAUCCAUGAUUGAAAGGAAAGGAGAUGAGAAGAAUAAGAAAUCAGUGAAAAUAGUAGAAAAUAAGGUUGCAAAUGGGAAGAUUGAGGAGUCUCCUGAAUUAGAAGAUGAUGUUAUAGCCGCAAACAGAGCCAAGCUCGCUCAGAAAUUAGCCUCAAAAGGCAAGAAAGAAGUAAAGAAGUCCCCGAAAAGUCCGAAAACGGUGGAUCGCACCAAAAAGCCGCGCGUGUGGGAACUGGGCGGUGAUUCAAGGGAUCUGCCCACUCUCGACUUCAGUACCGAUAAGGAGGGAGACGUUGAAGUGGCUGCUGACACUCAGUUGGUCGGCCAAAUGACUGGUGCUAUACGCGAUUUAGAAGUGGAGUCCGAAGACUCUAGCAGUGAAGAAGAGGAAGAGACCGGGAAACCAGCGCCCAAGAAGUCUGGGGGCAUGUUCAGUAUGUUCAAGGGUUUGGUUGGAUCUAAAGCUCUAACCGAAGAACAAAUGCGUCCAGUACUGGAUAAAAUGCGAGACCAUCUUAUCGGCAAGAAUGUGGCCGCUGAUAUCGCUAACAAACUGUGUGAUUCUGUCGCUACUAAGUUGGAAGGAAAGGUGCUAGGAACGUUCGAGAGUGUGGCCACAACGGUGAAAGCGACGCUGACGUCAUCGCUCAUGCAGAUCCUAUCGCCCAAGCGUCGAGUUGAUAUACUGAGGGACUGUUUGCACGCAAGGCAACAGGGCAGGCCUUAUGUUAUGUCGUUUUGUGGGGUGAACGGCGUCGGUAAAUCCACGAACUUAGCCAAGAUCUGUUUCUGGUUGAUCGAGAACGAUCUAUCCGUGCUCAUAGCAGCUUGCGAUACAUUCCGCGCAGGCGCAGUGGAACAGUUGAGAACACACACACGUCGUUUGGAUGCAUUACACCCUGCGCAAGCGCAUGGCCGUCGCAUGGUGCAUCUGUAUGAGAAGGGAUAUGGCAAAGACGCAGCCGGCAUAGCCAUGGAAGCGAUACGCUACGCAGCGGACUCCAAAAUCGAUGUCGUCCUUAUCGAUACAGCGGGUCGUAUGCAAGAUAACGAGCCUCUCAUGCGAGCCCUGGCCAAACUCAUCAAAGUGAACGAACCAGACUUAGUUCUGUUUGUUGGCGAAGCCCUAGUUGGCAACGAAGCCGUCGACCAACUCGUUAAAUUCAACCAAGCGUUAGCCGACCACAGCUCGUCAUCAAACCCACAUGUUAUAGAUGGAAUUGUGUUAACUAAAUUCGAUACAAUUGACGAUAAAGUUGGUGCGGCCAUAUCUAUGACGUAUAUCACGGGUCAGCCAAUCGUGUUCGUUGGUACGGGACAGACGUAUACAGAUUUGAAAGCUCUGAACGCGAACGCGGUUGUACACGCUCUAAUGAAGUAGAUUUGGGUCCAUUUGAAGCAUACAUACGGGGAAACUUGCGAUUUUUUUUAAAUUUAGAAUAAUGGAACACCUAAACACCAUAGACAAUGAUAAACCAUAGAUAAUAUCUAAUCUAUGGAAUAUAUUACGUAUAACUUAUGUUUGUUUACUGUAUAGUCUAUGGUACGCACUUUCGGUUUAUCUUUUUCAACUGGGUUGUUUCUCUGAUGUAUGUCUAUGAAUAUAAAGAACCGCCAUAUUGUAGUUUCCGUACUUAUUUUUUUAUUUUGUUUUUUUGAACGCCAAAAAUGAGGUAUCACAAUGUAUUCUCUCUAUUGUUGAUGGUUAUGGAUUCUUAUAAUUAUGUUGAAUAAAUGUUUAUUUUGUCAUUA